GGAAGGGCUCUCCAAGAUUUACGUCUUCGGGGUCCCGAAAGCUGAGGACCAGAAACUCCGCACGAGGAAACCCCAAGUUCGGAGCUGACACUGUUUGCUUUGAGCUGGGGGUCGGAUCCUGAACUUGGACCUAGCAGGCGGGCUCUCUGCCGCCUGCGCCGGGGCGGGGACAAGCAGGGCUCCUUGGAGAUGCGAUUGCUGGGAAGUCUUGGAAGGGUGUGUGCGCGCGCGCGCGCGCUGGGGGAAGUCACUGCCCCCUCCCACGGCCUCCCCCCGCCCCCACUCCCCAAUGUUUGUCCCCGCUUGCCCAUCACCAGGGGGUUGAGAGGAGUAUGACAGGUCUUUGUUGUCUGAAUAAAACUGCGUGGCAGCUCCGGGGAGAGAACUCCUCCUACUAAAUUAUCAAAAAUGGGCUGGCUUUAGUCUCUUAACAAAUUGGACGCAGCCCGGGCCGCAGCAGUCCCAACCCAACCUAGAGGCGCUGGGAACUUGCGAGCAGCCGGGGGCCGCUGGAAAUCGCGCUUCUCCUUCCCUCUCUUUGUGCGCGGAGCUGUUUUCUCUGCGCACCGGACUCUGUUUUCCUCCCUCGCUGCAGUUGUUUCUCAUUAGUAACUCGAUCUCUCGGAGCCGCGAGAUUCGCCUCCUGUCCCACCCCCCCCGCCCGUGUUUGUUUUCUGCGCAUCUCCUUCGGGGAGCUGCCGGGGCUUGGCUCGUUCCUGUCCCCCACGCGUUUCCCCUCUCCAGCCAGACUACUUUCCACGCUGCCUGCCUCUCUCUCCUCCCUUCUCUCCCCCCUGCCCUGGGUUCCCCGAGCGCCUCUGCGCUCCCGCGCCGCGCCGCCCCCGCGGUCCCGGCCGCGCCUUCCCUCGGAUGAGCUGAGAGCCCCGGGUGCGUGUAUAUGGAAAUAGUGGGGUGCCGAGCAGAAGACAGCGCGUGUCCCUUCCGCCCCCCAGCCAUGCUCUUCCACGGGAUCUCCGGGGGCCACAUCCAAGGCAUCAUGGAGGAGAUGGAGCGCAGAUCCAAGACGGAGGCCCGCCUGGCCAAAGGCGCGCAGCUCAACGGUCGCGACGCGGUAAGGAGGGCCCCGCGCGGUGCCGGAGCUGGGCGCACUCUGGAGCCCCUGUUCCCGGCGGCCCGAGGAGGAUGGCGGGUCGUGGGGAGACCACGCCACGCUGGCGGGUGGGUUUUCUCAAGUCAGCCCGUCCGCGGGGCUCAGCACCGGUCUCUCUCUCUGUCUCCCUUGAAACGUCUCCAGUACCUCAGACUCGGGUCUCCGGAUCCCUUGGCUCCCGCGCGCCUCCGGGGAGAGGAUCUGGGCCCGAAGCGCGAGCUGGGCGCGGGCUGCGGGCGGGCGAUGCGCGGCCCAGGCGUCCGGGCCACGCGGGAGCCGGGUGUCCCUAGUUUCGGAGAAAAACACAGUCUAAAAAUAAGCAUCGGUAAAGACUCCGUUGGGAUUGGUUUGCAGGUUUGGUUCCAAAACGCACGAGCCAAAUUCAGAAGGAACCUUUUGCGGCAGGAGAAUGGGGGUGUCGAUAAGGCGGAUGGCCCGUCGCUUCCAGCCCCGCCCUCCGCGGACAGCGGCGCGCUCACCCCGCCCGGCACAGCGACCACUUUAACAGACCUGACCAACCCCACUCUCCCCGUAGUGACGGCCGUGACCUCUAACACGGACGGCCGCGAGGCCGGGAGCCCCUCACAGACUACCUUAACGAGCCUUUUCUAACAUUGGUUUCCUGAGAACGCUUCCUCCUCCUCUUCUUCUUAUUCUAAUUAUUAUUUUAUUAUUUACGAGACCUUCCCCCCCCCCCCCCCCCCCCCGCGCCCCCCACCCCCCAACCCACAGACACUUGGGAAAUAAAAAACGACAGCUUGGUGUGUAGCAUCCGCAGCCACUUGGCGAAUGAGUUUACAGUAUUGUCUCCUUUACAAAGUGUAUUUAUUUAUUUUUUGUCUACAAAGUGUAUUUGGGUUUAAAAAAAAUCAGAUCUUUCAGUCGGUAAGGGGAGUUUUUGAAUCAUUCUAAGUGCCUCUUACAAUUAAUUGUAUGUUACUUAUUUCCAGAAUCCCAAAGGGGGGGAAAAAAAAGAGAGUGGUCUUUGGAUAAUCAUAAUCCCACUUAAAAGAUUAGGUUAAUAAAGUAUCAGAUAGUCAAUUACAGCUCUUUAUUAAAUCUUGCAAUUGUAUGCAUACUUCUGGGAUUUUGAAAACUUCACAUUUUUAAAAAUUUAAAACUGAAAAACAUGUUGCUCCUUUUUCUUAAAAUGAGACAGAAAUACGAUGAAAGAAAAGCACUAACUGUGGCAGCUGAAAUAUGAAGGGUUAAUGAACUUGAAUUAAUUAGGGUGGACCUCUAUUCCAGGAAGGGGACUUCCCCUUCGCGCCCGACACUCGCCUCAGUCAGUGGCUUUCGGCAUUUGGACAACACUGAACAAACUCCCCACGUAUCCCUGAAACUCCAGCUAGAACUUGCAACGCUGUGCUCGUUUAACUUUCAAAAGCUACAGAUGGUAGUUGUAAAACCAUUCUUUCUAAAUUAAUUUUUCCCCCCAGGGAAAGUGGAAAUAAGCAAAAUAUAACUUUUUAAGAAGUCAAAAAAAUCAGCGUAACUUAAUUAACGUAAUUAAUAGCUCUAUGGAUUGGCGUCAGCUGUACCACGAUAUUGUGUCUGGCAUGCUCCGUGAAUCAUGUUAACAAAGAAACUUAGUAGACGAAUACUGCCUCUGAGAAUUCUUUGUUUUUUUUUUUUUUUUUUUCGUUUUGCUUUUAUUUUCCAUUGGCACAGGAUGAUAUAUUGGUCAGAAAAAAUAAAGCUUUUCUGACAUUAGAGAUUUGAAGUCAUCAGUCGCAAUGUAGAUAAACUCAGAAGCCUCGUGGAUGCUGAUCUGAAUAUAUUUCCUAGUUUACAGUAGCAUUUUUUUUUCUUUUAAUUUAAGUGGAAAUCUUAAUGGUCUGGGCAGUGGUGAAUGUUCAUCCCCAUGCUUCCGUUGUAGUUAAAUUACAAUUAGAUUGUGGAUUUCCUAAAAAAAAUAAUAAAGAAAUAAAAAAAAAAGAAGUCAAGAUAUAUGUCUUGCUUUAGUGGAUUGUUAAGAAUAACUUUGCACAUUUUCUCCACUUUUCGGACCCCUCAAAUCUCCUCUGGUGGUCGAAGUGGCUAUUUAAUAGAUUUUGAAGGUGUCCUCUGGCUGUGUAGGUGCGUGGUUACAUAUUGACGAUUCACUGCCCACAUUAAAGUGCAUUAUUGUAACUUUUGCUCAGGGUCUUUAGAAAAUUAGCACAGAAAGUAGCUUAUUUUUUAAAAAAAAAAAGUAUGAUGGAAGGUAAGUUGACACUGUAACAGGAGAGAGGUGUGACUGCCGCGGUGUACUCAGCAAGUGUGGUUGUCAUCUUCUAUGGAGCUUAAAUCUUGACUUUUCCUAUUUCUAUUCCACUUUGGGCAUUUACCACUAACCAGACCAAACAACCCUGGUAAGGCUGAGAUCUUAUUGAUACACUUUUACAGGUAAAAUGUCGAUGCUUAUAAAUUUUGUUCUUUGACAGAACAAUAUAUGGUACUAUAGAUCUACUUUAUUAAGUAGACUAAUUAUAACUCAGUUCUCCUAUGUGCCUUAUGAUAUAACUUGGAAGUAAGUUUGUGAAAAAUCAGGAUAUAUGUGUUGUCUGUUAAAUUAACUGUUUUAAGCCCUUUGACACCUCACUAGUUUUGUACUGUUUUACCUCUGAUUUCUGAAACUCUUUUUAUGGUGUAUCCUGUUAGAGGGGCAACAUGUCAUAGAAAGCGGUGUGCACUCUUUCAAAUAUAGUUGAUAAAUUCAAUAAUCUUAUAUAUUGAGCUUCGUGUUUCUAGUACAGUAAGUGGUCUAGCAAAAUUGUCCAUGUUUCUUUGUUUAUUGAUAAAUGCAUUGUAUAGAAACUAUUUCCCCUAAAUAUUUAUGGACCAAACAAUUGUGAUUUAUCCUAUUAAAUUUGUGUGAAUAAACCAUUUUGAAUCUAAGGAGUUUUAUUUCCCAGCAGUUUUAUUUAAGGUCUAACUGGACUAGUGUUUUCCAAUAUCUGUAUUCAAAAGCUAUUAAAAUAGUAUGACAAAUUUUUUAAAAAUAUUCAAACAUACAAAUAGUUUUGAGAUUUCCAAACUUCUGGUUCCUUUUAAAUGUACACACCAUUGCGUAUGCAAUGUAGUUCAACUCAGAAUUGCCUUUAAAUAUAUUUUCUUAGAAUAAAAGUAAUGCCCCAUGGAUUUGACUCAGCCCAAUUUUUAGAAUUUAAAAAAAAGAGAGAGAGAGAGAACUAACAGAUAAAGUAAUUGCAUGAAAAGAAGCCUUAAAUAUGAUUAAGAUUUAAUGCUAGGUCUCUUGAGCACCAGUGGAUAUUUGUAAAUCUACAUAGAAAUGCAGACCCCUGAAAGCCAAGUUGCUCUGGAGUUAAUACAUUGUCACUAUGAUUUUUUUCAGGGAGAACAAAUCUUGGGGCAUUACAGCCAAACAUCCCGACGUUUGAAAAUUCCCUAAAGUAUUAAAAGACGGGGAAAGUUUGAUCGGAAAUCCACAGCAGUGAAGACAAAGACAAUAUUAGGUUAUCAGAAUCACACAUGCUAAAAUCUAUUGAGCCAAAA